UGGCUAAAAAUUUUUUUUGAAUGGCCCAUAAUGUUACAUUAUUAUUAUAUUGUGGAUUAUUCAUAUUCUGUAAUGUUGGUCUUAUUUUAGAUUUACUAUUUUCGUUUAUGUAAAUUGUGAUACAACACUUAUUUUUAUUUAGAACAUUUAAUUAUUUUUAAUGUUUUUGUUUAUUAAAUAUUUAAAUUCUAUGAUAAUAUGAGUUUAAAAAAAUCUUUUAUUAGUAUAAAUACUCUUAAAAAAUUUGAUGCUUUUGCCAAACCACUUGAAGAAGUUCAAAUUAAAACAGUAGGGGGAGGAAUUGUUUCUUUAGUAUGUUUCUUGACAAUCGGAUAUUUGAUGAUGAUAAAUUUAUUUGAAUAUCUUGAUAACACUCCAACUGAAGAACUUUUUGUUGAUACUUCUCGAAAUAAAAAACUGCAAAUUAAUUUAGAUAUUAUAAUACCAAGAAUUUCAUGUGAUUAUUUAGCUUUGGAUGCAGUUGAUAGCUCAGGAGAACAACAUUUACAUGUCGAUCAUAAUAUAUAUAAAAGAAGACUAGAUCUUAAUGGUGUACCUUUAAGUGAUCCAAAGAAAACUAAUGAUGUUGGAAGUAAACCGGUUGAUAAGUCAUUUAAUUCUCUGAAAGCAGCUGAAAAUAGUAAAAUAAACAUUUCUACUAGUUGUGGUAGCUGUUAUGGAGCAGAAACUUCUAAUAAGCCUUGUUGUAAUACUUGUGAAGAUGUUCAGAGAGCUUAUGCUUUGAAAAGUUGGAAUUUUAACCCUAGUGUAAUAGAACAAUGCAAAAAUCAACCUUUAAAUGGUAGCUCUGAAAAUACAUUUAAAGAAGGUUGUCAAAUAUUUGGUACACUUCAAGUAAAUAGGGUUGGAGGAAGUUUCCACAUAGCUCCAGGAACUAGUUUUUCGAUUAACAACAUGCAUGUACAUGACGUGCAUCCAUAUACUUCGUCAUCCUUUAAUACAUCUCAUAAAAUAAGACACUUGUCAUUUGGUCAAAAGGUAGAUUCUAUCCCUGGUGAUGGUGGUAACCCUUUGGACUCAUCUGAAAGUAUUGCUACUGAAGGUUCAACUAUGUUUCAAUAUUAUUUAAAAAUAGUUCCUACUCUAUAUCAGAGGAAAGAUAAAACUGUUUUCUCAACUAAUCAGUUUUCUGUAACUAAACAUAAUAAGAUAAUAGCUUUUGAGAGAGGCACAUCAGGAAUGCCUGGUGUAUUUUUCAGUUAUGAAUUAUCUCCCAUUAUGGUCAAAUUUACUGAAAGACAAAGAUUAUUGGGACAUUUGAUUACUCAGUUCUUAUGUAACAUAAGUGGUGUAUUUAUAUGUUUUUGGAUUAUUGAUUUAUUUAUGUAUAAAAUUUCUAAAAUGUAUAAUUUACAUACAAAUAAUUUACCAAAAUCAUCCAAAUAAAACAUUCACUAUGUUUAUUAUAUUUAUUUAAGAAGUUAUUAAUAAAAUGUAUGGUAAAAUAUUGUUUUAAUAAAUGUUUAUAAUUUAAAA